AGAGAAGAAGCAAAAAGCCAAAAAAUCUUUAAAACCAAAAAAAAUGGCAAAGGCUGUUGCUGUUGUGUCUGCUCUCUGCUUUUUGGCCCUUGCCAGCCUUGCUCAUGCUCAAGAAGCAUUCACCGUUAAAGGCCGGGUCUACUGCGAUCCAUGCCGCGUCGAGUUCCAAACAAGCCUUAGCAAAAGCAUCGAAGGUGCUGAGGUUGAAUUGCAGUGCAGGGUACGCGAAAACGGAACAGUGACAGUUUCACAGAAGGCCACAACUGAUGCUAAUGGAAACUACGAGUUGACCGUACAAGGAGAUCAUGAGGAAGAAAUCUGCGACGUGGCGUCCGUUAGCAGCCCCUCACAGGAAUGCAAUGUUCCCUUUGGCGAAAACAAGGCAAGGAUCCUUUUGACCCAAAACAAUGGCGUACAAGGCACUGAUCGCUUUGCCAACCCUCUUGGCUACAAGACAACUGAGGCUAAUCCCGAUUGCAAGGCAAUCCUCCAAGAAAUGGGCUACAUCCCAGAUGAGAAUGGACUAUAGGAAAUUUUUUUAAAAUAGCCUCUUGCCUAGCUAGGCGCCUGAUCAAUAAAAAUUGACUUCUCUCCUGUAUGUGUAUCCAACUGAUUCUAUUGAGAAGUUCAUGAGCCUGAGGGAGAAAUAAAAUACAAUUCUUAUUUAGAGAAUUGAUUUUGUGAUGCUUUGGCAAGAUUAAUUAACUGAAAAUAUCCCUUUUAUU